AUGAAGGACUUGAGCCAAACGGCGAGACACCAGUCCUACUCAUCUAACUCGUCAGCGGUGUCACCCAAUGGACAGCCGUCUGAGUUGUGGCCGAUUGGUGUCAAACUGGGUAUCGUCCGAUUGGGACGGGCGGCCGGAAAGUUAAAGUAUACGCUAUUGGAUGAGCACGACAUCGUAUUGGCCCGGGAGUACAGCUUCGAAGCGCGACUGGAGAUCGACCGCAAUGGUAACGGCGCCGUCAUAUUUGCCUACGCGUUCACAAACGGUCGACGCCGUUCAUCGGCCCGAUAUCUGCAGCUGCACUAUACCCUCAGCGUGAUGCCCGGUCAUGGAGUAGCGUACGCUCAGCACGUGGCUUUGAUGUAUAGCUACCUGUUGGCUGACCUGUUAGACACACAUCACGGGUGUCGGCUCCGGAUGAACAGGUACAAUAGCCUCGGCAGGAGCUGUAAUAACAAACAACAGACGACCUCCCAGUCCUCCAACGCCGCCACCACUACCGAACAGCACCUGAGCCUAUAUUGGGCAGCCAUUCAACAACUGCCACCCGAACACAUCCACAACGAAGUGAUUAUUUGA